AUGGCCCGAUUCAGAGAUUCCAAACCCAAACCGAUGAAGCAAGUCCUAGAAUCGUUGAUUGCGAUCUUGCUUAAAAUCUCGGAGCAGUCCACCAAGGAUGCCAUCGUUAGAAAGAUAACCAGCGAAACAGUUCCCAGCAUCAUUCUUGGAGAACCUCGUUCACGGAUCAAGGCUUCUCUGACAACAUUGGAGACACUGAUCCGCAAGAACGCCAUACUACCAAUUGAUUUCAUCUGUAUGGUUCGACGGUGGCUGCUGGAGGAGCCAUCUCGUUGGAUCACCCUUUUGGAACCAGACUGCAAGGCACUGUCGAUCAAUCUCAAUCAAUUCCUGCAACAAGCCGCAAAUGACAGCACAGCAGACCUUAGUUCUCAGAAGGUCGCAGCCGAAAUUCUUGUCUUGAGGCUUCUGAGCCAGACAAAGAGCUUGGAGCUCGCUGCAGCUGCUGGAGAUGUGAUGUCGAUCUUCCUCCAGAAGAUGAAGGCCCAAUACACGAACAGCUCAGAUAUUCCUGAGAGUACUCAGGACCUUAUAUCUGUAUGGGUCGCCCCUGUUCGGCACAUGGUAUUGCAAGAUAUGCGUAAUUUGGAUUCCAUGUCAAAUCACGUUCUGCAGCCGCUCUUCACUGUCGACUUCAAAGGCUUCAGACGCUUCGUGGAUUCUCUCCACCUAAACAGUCUCUUGACCGGUGACAUGAGCAAUGCCCCGACCCACGAGUUCAUACUUCUCUUUGCUGCAUUGCAGAUGGCAAAGAAGAUUGGGCUCGUCCAUGAAGACCACUACUUUUCUAGAGCAGGAACCUCCAGCAACAAAGCAGAGGAUGCCCUUGUUCUCCAGAGUGAAGUCAUUGGCCAGUUUCUCUUCCACCAGGAAUUCAGUGUCCGAAUUGCCGCCCUUUCUCUGUUGGUCACUGCACCUAUUUCCACAAAGCCAGUUUCAUCCGCCACAAUGAAGGCCAUCUUGAAGGGUCUUCCACCUAUGCAUGCCGAGUCAAACUCAUACAGCAGAGGAGGACUUUUGAGCGGGGAUGAAGACCUGAGCCAAAGAGUGGUUGCGUCAAAGAAACAACAACCAACCUUUGCGCGCGACGAUUCGGAGACGCUUGCCUGCCUCAGGGAUUAUAUCGCUUUCCUUAAGUCAGAUCUACGACCUACCGCCUCCUACCCUCGUCACAUCACAGCACUGAAGUCCCUAAUACUAUUCUUGGACUCUGGUCUGGAUUCCCGCUUCGAGAAACCUGCCGGCGCAAAGUCGGAUGGCAUUCAAACGAAAUGGAAACUGCAUAUAGAGGUAUUCGAACCGAGCUUGCUACGAUUGCUAGUUGAUCUACUCCUUGAUCCGUUCGAUGAUGUACGUGCUACGUCUCUGGCCAUCUUGAAGUUGUUCCCCUUGGAGGUAGUUAUGGGAAGCCUUCCGUCAGAGACAGGCACUGCUGAGAACAAGCCCCAAAUCAUCAAUGCGCUUGCGAAGGCUGAAAUGCUCGCGAGUAAUACUAGCCGUGCAGACUAUGCAGAUACCGUUGCGCGGCUCUACCAAAUAACCUUCUCGGCAGCCGCCCAGACAGUGUCAAAUUCCGGGCCGUGGUGGCAAGCCAAGUCAACGGUUGUUGAUACCAUCUUGCAAAAGCUUGAAGAAAAGCUCGCUGCUGUCGGAGGCCUCUUCAAAUCCUCCAUGCGCGAUGCACCACUCCAUGGCUAUGUCUCUGCCCUCAGAUAUAUUAUUUCCAUGCCAAACUUCUAUCUUCUUGUUCAGGACCCCAACUCAAAGUCUCAUGAGAACUGGAGAAACAUUCACAGUCGCAUCGUAGCACUCUGUGAUCGGAUCUGGGAGGAAGUAAAGCCUGUGCUGUGCAUCGACUCUCCGGAGGGACACACAGAUGAGCCGAUUGAAGAGCUAGGAGUUGGUCCUAAGGACAUUCUUUCUUACUCCUGGCGUGGGUUGCGCGAAUCAAGUCUCCUUCUGUAUGCUACCUUGGUCAAUGAUGCCUACGCACCAAAGGGGCCUUCUGGACUGUCAUUUUCCGACUACGAGAAGCUAGGAUCGACAAGUUUUACCCAGCUUGCAGAACUUAGACAUCGGGGUGCCUUCUCGACCGUCUCUCAGACCUUUGCUACUUGCUGUCUGCGGUGUGGCCAGUCAAAGGACCAGCAAAUUUCUGCUUUGCCGGGUCGAUGGUAUCAGAAGGCAAGAAAGAUUAUCUUUGAGUCUGGCUCAAAGCUCACCCGGCGCUCAGCGGGUCUCCCUGCCUUGGCUACUGGUAUUCUUCAUUCCCAGCCAGGUGGCCCACUAUUCCGCCAGGUUAUGGGCGAUCUCCACGAGAUUGCACACCUGCCCGUGAAGGACGAUAACGAACAGAAGGCAAUGGAUUUGCCUCAAGUCCAUGCCAUGAAUUGUCUGAAAGAUAUCUUCACCAACAACAGACUCGGUCCCCAUACGGAGCCGUUCAUCAUGUCUGGUUUGACUCUGUCUGCAGAACAGAUUGGGUCACCAAUCUGGGAUCUCCGGAACUCAGGAAUGAUGCUCUUCCGUGCAUUGCUCACCCGAAUGUGCCGCACUGGAACGGGCUUAGGAUUUGGGGGUGUUUCUGGUUCCGAACCCGGAGGCAGAGUCUCGUUCGGGAAGUACCCGGGGUUGAUUGAGCUCCUGUCGGGCCUGCUUACAUCGAAAGAGAGGAACAGUGCCGAGCACGGCGAUCAUGCCAUUAUCACAGAACGAGCCUUUCCGGCUCUGGAGCUUCUCGCGGAGAAGGUACCGAAUGCUUAUCUGAUCGACGAUGACAUGCUGCGUGGUUUGGUUUUGGAACAGCUCAAGAGUCCAGUUUGGGGCAUGAGAGAGCAUGCGGCGCGUGUCUACGCGUCGUUGAUGAACCCUACCAAUAUUCUGCAGAAUGUUCAAGAGCUUCUUGAUAUUGAUCAGGACAGCAAGUCGCAGGACUAUCUUCAUGGGAAAGCCCUUGCCAUAAAGUACGCACUGCGCCGGCUAUCAAUGGCGUAUUUCGCCCUUUGGAAAGAGCAUAUUCCUGAAGUUUCCGCCUUUAUACGACGCGCGUUUUCGGCCAUGUUCCCUCGUGCCGACUCACCCUUUGUCGCGACCGCCCUGUUGGAAAUUUUGAGUGACGCUGUUGAAAAGGCUAUAGAGUCCAAGACAGAAGAAAAAUUCAUCAUCACACUUACCUACAUCUAUGACAUGCACGGGCUGCAUGACAUUCUUGAUUACAUCUUCGAUUCAUCGAACCCGUCUUGGAAAUCUUUGAGCACGAACCGAGCUUCAUCACUCCUCCGGCGAGCUUUGUCAUGGGUAGCGCUCCUGCAGGCUUUCAUUGAGAACGAGUUCGACGAACUUCAAUCGUUCAUCAAAACAGUGUCCGCAUUUGACUCCAACGUCGGAAGCUGGCUUUUGGAAAAGGUGCAGGAUACAUUUAGUGAAAAGGAAACGCAUCAAAAGGUCUUGCUGGACCUCUAUUCGUCAAUACUCUUGGCCGACUACCCGGAGGAUGUCAAGACAUCCGUUACGUCCCAUCUGGCGUCCAUUCUUGAAUCGAUACUAGGCUCCCAGUCAGACAAGAUCAAAGAGGUCGACCUUCCGUGGAACAAGUUGGACAACCACAUCAAUGCUACCCAACAUGGCCAGAUAUGGAACAGAGACAGAGGUGAUGCGGAGCUUCGUUUGCAGGGAUGCGUCCUCGCCGCCAAGGCUAUCAGCAAUACCGUCGAAGUCACGAGGACCGAUAUCGCAAGAUGGUCCACAAAGCUUCGGUUUGCGGUGGAAGAGGAGACAGAAUUUACCACGCGGUAUGCUGCCGCGGCAUCCCUCAUGGCAUUCUCCCGGGCCCUGCGCACAGCCAACAACUCCCCACGGACAGAGGAAGUGUUCCUGGACGUAUACCUGGUGCUUUAUGACCUGUUAAAUGAUGAUGACGAGGAGCUGCGCGACAUUGCUGCUUCAACAGCCUCCUGGGUAUUAUCAUAUUCCCCGGUAUCGCCUACUGGCUCUGUUACGUUGUCUCCACUCAAUGCGAGCGAGCUGUUGUCGCGUUUCAUCGCCGACAACUACCACGACUCCCGAGCUCUCUCCACAAAAGCUAUCCGAUACGUCACUGGCCAAUGGCCUCGAAUCAAUGGUUCCACGCAGAGAACAAGUCUCACGCCGGUCCCAGCCAUUGUUGCUGAACUCAUGAAGGAGAGCACGAUUCUCUUCGAGGAAGAGAAACAGAACCUGUUCAUUGAGGAAGUCCGCGAAGUGGAUGUCUGGUCUCAGAGAUUGCUUGCCUUGUCAUGCGACGCGUACAGCGAGCAGUUGGUCAAGACAGUAUACGCGUGGGCUUCUGGCGGCCUUACAUGUCUUAAUGAGAUUACGUCUUCUGCCUCUGGACACGACGGGCUCAUGGGAUGGACCUCGAAACCGGAGAUGUUCUCACUGGGCAUUCGAGUGAUCAACCUUGCGGCUGUCUUGGUAUCGAACGAUUUCGCGGGAGCUGAAUACCUCGGGGAAGGUCAGGGAAUCCUGAAGAACCAGCUUCAAGCUUUCUUGAACACUGCAAGGACCGCCAUAGUUCAUGAUGACUGGGUGUCCCGCCUCCAAGGUGCCGUGGACAACGCGUGA